CGUGGGGUUCUCAGUUUAAUUGGUUUUUCGGCGAUGUUUCCCCGGGCCUCGGCUUUCCUACCUCUUCGCCCCUUCUCCCGCCUUCCUUUGUCCUCUGGGAGCGCGGAGGUAUCGGCGGCUGCGAUUCUGCUGCUGGCUGCUCCACAUGGAACGGUCAGGACAAAAAAUAAUAUCCAAAGAUAUUUUGGCACUCACAGCGUGAUCUAUAACAAGAAAGAUGAGCAGUCUAUUCCAACUCAUGAGAUCUCUGAGGAAACUUCCAAGAGCCAAGACAGUGUAAAGGAGAACACGAAAAAAGACUUGUUAAAUAUUAUUAAGGGUAUGAAAAUUGAAUUAAGCACAGUAAAUGUACAAACAACCAAGCCACCCAACAGGAGAGCACUUAAAAAUUUGGAGGCUACAAUUGGCAGGCUUCAAAAAGCUACAGAAAAUACCACAAAGAAGAGAAAUGAAAAUUUGAGUCCUGAGUUAGUGGCAGCUGCAUCCGCUGUUGCAGAGUCUCUCCCUUUUGACAAGCAGACAACCAAGUCUGAGCUGCUCAGGCAGCUCCGGCAGCACGAGGAAGACUCGCGGGCGCAGAAGGACGGAAAAAGACGGUGGAAAGUUAGCGUCAGUAACAUAAUAUCAGAUAUGAAAGUUGCCAAAUCUGCUACAGCUAGAGUUAGUACAAGACCAGAACACCAGAUUCAGUUUGACGAAGGGUCUGAUAAUUAUUUUGAGCAUCAGAGGAGCGCUGAUCUUAGAAAAAGUCUUAGGAAAAACAUAUUCAAGGGGAAGAGACUUAAUAUUUUUGAUAUUAAGGCUGCUGAAGAGGUGCCUGAAACAGAAAUAUCACCUUCGAUUUGGGAUGUGGAAUUUGCUAAGCAGUUAGCCACAGUAAGUCAACAGCCCUUUCAGAAUGGUUUUGAAGAGAUGAUCCAGUGGACAAAAGAGGGGAAACUGUGGGAGUUCCCAGUUAACAAUGAAGCAGGUUUUGAUGAUGAUGGUUCAGAAUUUCAUGAACAUGUAUUUCUGGAUAACUACCUGGAGGAUUUUCCAAAACAAGGACCAGUUCGCCACUUCAUGGAGCUGGUGACCUGUGGCCUUUCCAAAAACCCAUAUUUGAGUGUUAAACAGAAAAUUGAACACAUAGAGUGGUUUAGAAAUUAUUUCAAUGAAAAAAAGGACAUUCUAAAAGAAAGUGACAUACAAUUCAGUUGAAGACAAUGGAAAUUUUUAUUUCACGCUAUUGGAGAUAG